AUGUACUCUCUCGAUGGCUCAGCUCGGCCACAUCCCCCGGCACCUGACAAGGAAAUUGCCUUUACGGUGCUUGUCCGUUCCCAAACCGGUGCCCCUGGUCUGCCCGACCUGACCCAAUGGCAGGCUAUUCCCAUUGCCGAGCGCCAGUUCCUGUCGUCUGCAGAGUUUGAAAGAACUUAUGGCUCCUCCGAACAUGAUGUAUUGAGCGUGGCUUCGUUCUUUGAGGACCGGGGCAUGACCAUCCGGAGCAGACACACCGGUGCAGGGACCGUGGAAGUCCAGGCAAAGACAUCCCAAAUACACUCCGUUUUUAAUGUGCAGCUGUACUACUAUCGAGGGCAGUUGCGGCCCGCGGCUCGCAAGCGGCGCGACGAUAACCAACCCCCUGAGGAGACAUACAUUGGGUUUGAAGGAUCUAUUUCCGUGCCGUCUGCGCUGCAUGACAAAGUCAUCCACAUUUUUGGUCUUGAUACUCGCACAUUUGGCGCAUCCGGCGGAUGCUCGGGGGAUCCGCCCAGCGCCCAACGACUGAUGGUGGCGGAGCUAGCGGCCCUGUAUGGUUUCCCGGCUGGGGUGGACGCCAGCCAACAAACAAUCGGCAUUUUCAGCGGUGAAGGCAAUGACGAGAAGGGCAAAUCCCUGAGCAACUACAGCCCCGCCGAUGUCGCGACUUAUUUCAACAACCAGACGAUUGGCUACAACUGCGCACCCACCGUUGUCCCUGUCUCGCUGACUGUGGGCGGCCAAACGUACAGCAACGAUCCGGAUAAUCCAACCCAGGAGCUCUCGCAGGACAUUAUGACCGCCGCCACCAUUGCACAGGGGUGCACUGUCAACGUCUACUUCAGUGAUCUUACCGAGCAGGGCUGGCUGGCUUUUCUGACGCGCGUGUUAUUCCCGCAGGGGAAGGAAAAGCGUCCCACCAUCGUCUCCAUCAGCUGGACAAUGUACGACGAGCAAACAUACCGUGACAGCCUAUCUUUCCUUUUCCAGCGCCUCGCCGUAGUCGGAACCACAGUCUUCGCUAUCUCCGGCGACUGGGGCGCCAACAACAACAUCAUUGACGGACAGCCACACGUAGGCUGGCCGGGCAGUGACCCCUGGGUGACCUGCGUAGGCGGGACAGUCGUCGGCAACGUGCGCUCCUCAGGCUCGUUCACCGAACACGCAUGGAGCGAUCGAGACAACCCAGACAGCCAGUUUACGAUCGAUGGCCAUCUGGGCGUCACGGGGGGAGGGAUGAGCCGGGUCUUCGCUACACCUCCCUACCAACUGACGGUGGACCGGGGGCGCUUCAUUCCGGAUAUUGCUGGCAUGGUUGGGUUUAGGGGCUUCAUUGUCGAUGGCAAACGGAAUUAUUUCAUAGGUACGAGUUGCAGUACGCCUCUUUACGCGGGGCUUUUUGCUGCGCUAGCCAGCGCCUUGGGAGGGGGAGGAGAAGGAGGGGUGCUGUUUGGACCUCUCAAUACCGUCUUGUAUCAGAUUAACAGGGGUGUGUAUCGGGAUGUCACCUUUGGGCAUAAUGAUUCUGGUGAUAUGCCUGCUUGCGCGUACUUUGUGGCGGAGGAGGGGUACGAUGCUGUGAGUGGGCUCGGGAGUGUCAAUGGACGUAAGAUGCUCGAGGAACUGCGGAGGGUUUAUCGGUCCAAAACGAGGGGGUUUGGCUGUUUUCGGAAUUAG